AUGGCGGGUGUUGAUCUUAGCAGCCUAUUCAACUCCAGCAAGUGGAGCGACCUGACGAUCGAGGCGUCCGGGAAGGUCUUUCACGGUCACCGGUGUGUUGUGUUUAGCCAGUGUGAGGCAUGGAAAAAGUUGCCUCUGAUCAACGGACGUCUCGUCCUCACUGGAGGGUACACCACCAUGGCGAUCCUUAAGUACAUGUACACCGGUGCCUACAAGCCUUUCAACAUUCCCUGCGUCAACAACAAACCAGAGGGACUUCAAGCAAACGCGGAAGGUCCGGCCUAUGAGGUCGACUACAGCGAUCACGGCGCGUUUCUCACUGUCUGCGUCUUGGUCCAAGCGAAGACGUACAACAUGGCCAAACUUUACGCCCAAGCCAAUACCGCACUCCUUACCAUUGCGCCUAACCACACCAACCACGCAGACUUUCUCGACACCGUCCACUACAUACUUGGCAAUAUUAAGAAUGAGGAGGGACUGCAGAUCGCUCUGCAAAUGAUCAUGCCGCAGUACGAGACGGACGUUGGUCUGCGUAGCAGACUCAAGGGUCUCCUGCUCGCGCACCCCCGCCUUGCUUGCGCCCUCCUUGAGCAUACGACUGAGGAGUUGCGUGCGAUCAAGAGAGAGAAGAGCCUAACGUACUUUGUGAACAAGAUGGAACACGGUGAAGCUUUCGGAUUGGACUCACCGCAGAGCACGCCUCCGCGAGUUGUGCGUGUGACUUCCGCGAAGCGAAAGGGCGACGAUGGUGAGAUGCCCGAGAUCAAACGUGUCAGAGAGAGCGUUGAGGAAUAG